ACAGUAACAAAUUUAUGGGAGCCAAGCUGCAAGUCCUCCAUGCAAGGUGGUCGUGAGUUCCUGGUCUUUCGAUGAAACACCCAUCGUGGUCCUUUGAAGACCAGGGACAGCAGAAGAACAAGAAUGCCCCUUAGUACUCCAAGUAGGAAAAAGGGCAGAUAAAACAGGCCUGUGAUAGUGAAGAGCUGAAGAGGGUUCCCCAUUAUAGACCUAUGUAUAGCGGUCUGUAAGCAACACAAAGCAUCAAUAUGAUUAAAAGAAGCUAACACACUGGAAAGUUGAAUUGAUGGGACUAUGGAUUCUAAUGAUCUAGAAGAGGAUAUUGAGGAUGUUAAAUUCUGGAAGUAUAUCAAGGAGGGAAAUUCAUCAUUAGUUAUUGGACAUAAGAAGAAGCACAUUGUUUAUCGGCUUUGGAAGAAAGACACCAAAGAUGUCCUUCAGAAGAAUUCUAGAAAAAUGGAGUGUUGGGCAAAAAUUAAUUACAUCAAAAACUGCCUCCUGCCUAUCUUGGGGAGAUAUUCCAGUAUUCCAAAAUGCAUUCCAGUGAGUGCAGAUUUUGUUGAUUCAGUAAGCAAAGCAUUUGAGAGCCAAAGACCUUUAAAAAGAUGCCAUCAGAUGAUAGAUCCCAAUCAAACAUCAGUUCUCUGCUCACCAAAUUACUGCUUUUUAGAUGACAAAGGACUUAAGGGAACAUCAACUCUUACUGUAGAAUUAAAGCCUAAACUAGGUUAUAUACCCAUCCACCAUAUUUCAUCUCCAGAGAUUGAAGAUCAACCAGUUUGCUUGUUCUGCAUGCAACAAAUAUUAAAGAGGAAAGAAGGUCAAUGGAACUACACAAGCAAAUACUGCCCUGUCAAUCUUUUCUCUGGAGAUCCAGAGAGAAUGAGGCAGGCCAUUGAAGGAUUGUUCAAAACACCACAAAACAACCUUUGCAUCUUUAAGGAUGGUGAACUGAUUUAUUCAAGAGAAAAAAGGACAUUACCAACAGAAGAUGAUCAUGAAAAUAUCACCAUGGCAAUAAAGAGUUGGUUUGGAUGCCACAAUGAAUCUCUGUCAUCAGAGGAGUGUUGUAUCCCUCCUUUCACUAAAAGUGACUGUAUUCAAGAUAUCAUAAGUCUUCUAAUACAGACCCUAUGUCGAUCAGAUAAAACAUCAACAUUACAAGAGAUCAGCAAGAGGUCUUCACCAUGGAUACCAUGUUUUGAAGGUCAACAACAUGGAUCAAAUCAUAAGAAGGAUGCUAGUUCCUGUAGACUUGCGAAUGAUUGUGUCCUUGGUCGUAUCUUAACUAUGCAACAUAUGGACACUCUUGGUAUUGAUGUGAUACAUAAGAUAUACAAUAGAUACAUGAAUCAUCUUAAUCAAUAUCCUGAGCAGAAGGAGGGAUUAAGCAUCACUGACCCAUCUUUGACAGUUAGCUCAUCAACAAUUCUAAAGCAGAGAUUGAGUGAUGAUGAGGUAAAAGAUCUACCAAUUCAAGAGUGUGUAAAUCUUCUCAAAACCUACAUGAUGUCAAGGACAGCUAGGGAUUGCUCUGUUUUGAUUACAUUCAAAGCAGCAGACAUUUCAAGUACCAUGGAUGGGGAUAUUGUAUCCUUGAAGGAACAGAGAUUCCAUGUAGCAUGUCACCUAGUCGACCUAGAUUCUAAGUCACCUGCUAAGAUUCCUUAUUACCAUAAACAAAAACACCUUAUCUCAGAAACCUAUCAUAGCAGGUAAUGUUGAAUUCUGAGCUGGCAAUCAAGAUUUCUUACUGCAACAAAUUUCAUCUAAGCUAAGUAUUCAGUUACACAGAUUUGAUUUUAUGAUUGCAAACUGGACAUCAAUUUCAGAUUGAAUCUUGCUGUAUAGUGAACUUAAAAUAAUGUGUUGACAGAAAGUAAAAAAUAUCAUUGAAAUAUUGAGGAAAAAAUGCAUUAUAAAACCUUCUCCCAAUUCGUUUGAAAAUCAUUUGUAAAUCUAUGAUAGAAGGUAUAGGACAGAAACUUUGUCUUAUAUUCACAUUUAUAAUUUUGCUUCACAAUAGUUUCACAAAUUCCGCAUUUAAUGAAAUCUCAAUCAAUUAUCUUUGUGAUUGUUUGUAGAACUUUUUGUUUUAUUUGUUAUAACUUGAUAUGAUUGGUUGUCAUACAUGAUUAUAUUCCACCAUUUUUUGUGUGUAUGAAAAUAAGAGUCUGUUUAUUUUUCCAUUAUUUUGUAUAUCAAUUAUCAUAUGUAUGAAAUGCAUAUCCUUGAUGCUUAAGAUUUUUUUCUGAUCUAUUUUUUAAUGUAAGCCUUAGGAUAAGAUGUAUUAUUCUUAGUCGAUAAGGUGGAUAUUUUAAUUGUGUUUUAUAAGUGUAUCUGUCGAUAUCAUGAAGCUGUUUAGUAACUAAAUUCUGCCAAACCAAGAAGAUUCUAUGACUGGAGAUCCAACAGGCAACAAAUUUAUUCAAGCAGCUGUUCACUUCUAAAGAAGCACAAAAGAAAGAACGGCAGUAAGGACCUUUUUCAUGUCCGCCUUCGAAGCCACCAGUUUCAGUGAAGAAAUCCGAGGAGUGAAAUUUUACCAAUAUCCAUUUGUAUCAAUUUUCAAUCUUUCAUAUUAAUAAACAAACUGAAAUUUGAACGCAUUACAAGACAUCAAUAACCAAGCACUAUUACACCGAUAUACUGCCCAGAUUAUAUCAAUUAACCUUUGAUUAGUGAAAAAAGUAAGAAUUUGACCUUUCCUGAAACCAGAUUUUAACACUUUUUCUGAUCGUUUGCGGUGAAUGAAAAUUUCAAAUGUGGUCGGUGGAAUAUUGUUAUUCAUUAUUGUAUAUGCCAGAUGAGUGCCCGUACAUGCCCAGUUGAGUAAAUUUGAGUCAUAUUUCAGGACAUAUUGCAGAGUUUAUUUUCGCAUGCCUUCGAAUUAUGUACUACACAUAUAACCAGACCAAGAUGCAGCGAAAAAGUAAUUAUCAUCACAAUAGCAUAUUUCCCUUUAAUAUAUGACCUAUAGCUGCGGAGUCAUGCGGGAAUCAUUUGUCUACACAAUUGCAAGAGAUGUUGAGCAAAGUGCAUGCCUGACAUACUUUCUGCUGGCGGUUUUUAACCUUGUUCAAAGGGAUUUUAUUUGCUGUUACUCCAUCUCAUUUGAAACCUCCUUGGCCAAACUAACAGAUAAGCAUGAUGAGCAUAGUGUUUUUUUGAAAUUUGUUAAGUUUGUUCAGUAUUAAUAAUUUGUUUUAUAAAACGGGUUCAGAGAUGUAGCCAGUAGUGAGUGGGUAUGCAAGUCAAAUGUUUAUGCUUUAAUUUCAUGUAACCACCCAGCCAUGCAUUUUUCUUGCAGCACUGCAUUUUGGGUGCAUCAUUUUGCCCAUAGCCCUUAAACUGAGACACCAUCUGAAAUACGCAUUCUUUCAAAGGAAAGGCAUGCUGCUGGUGCUACAUGCAUACUAGAUACACCUGUGAUAUCAUAAUACCUUUCAAUCUAUGCAAUCCUAAAAAAUUUAGAGAGAUUCGAGCAACCUUUUCUUAUGAAUUCACACUGAUUUCCGUUUUAUAAGACAAAUAAUGCACAUAUUUAAAUUUGUGGAGUUAGUGGCAAUGCAGGCAUCUCAGGUUUUAGCAAUAACAUGCGAAUACCCUUGAGUGUGCUGCAUCGCCAUAACGCACUGAUAAAUGUGCAUUAUAUGUACAUUAUAGUAUUGACACUGAAAUAGUCACAUUGCAUAUACGCAACAGACAAGAAAAUGACUAAAUCAGUCAAUAUUGCUCUCUCUGGAUAUAUUAUGCCCUAUAUUCCUUGGAUAUCAAUCUCAGUUGAGUGCAUUAUAAGAUGCUUAAAUAUACAUUAAAUACAUGUAUACCUGAAAGAUUUACUGAAAUAUUUUGCCUUAUAUAUUUAAAGUUUACUUUAUAUAUGCUGCAAUUUUUCUGUUACUAGUUUCAUAUUCAUUGUUGCAAAUUAUUAUUUAGUUAUGUAAUGAAAAAAGUGAAUGAAUUGUGUGCAUUGUGAGUAACAGAGUUCUACUAAUCAUUACUAUUUCAUAUACAAGUUGGAAGUCUUAAUAGACCAGGAAAACCUCUAAAGUAUUAUUUUAAAUCGAUUUUUCAGUUUAUGUGUGUAAAAGGAAAUUUAAAUGAUUCAUGAUCAAGCAAUUACUUGUCUGUUGAAAUUUAGGAUGAGUAGUGAUCAGGUUUAAACAAGAAACAACCAAAUGUAUUGCAGAAUUCAUCAUUUUCUCAUGAAUAACUAUUUUCUCAGUGUGCUAUUGUGAUGAGUAAGAAGGCAUUAUAUAUCAUAAUCUGACAUUUGUGAUCAUAAAGUAAACAAAUGAUAAGAGUGUUUUUAACUAAAGAUUUUUGUUGUAUUUCACAUUCUGGUAUCACAAUGAAACAUGGAUAUAAAUAAGUUUUUUAAUGGAGAUAUUGAUAGAUGAUCAUUUUCUGCUUUGUUGAAGGCAUUCUCAGGUUUCACAGGGCCUUUAUUCAGAGAGAUUAUAUGAGUCGGCAAGUUGAUAUAAUCAUUCAGAACUAAUUGCCCACUGAUGGUGUAAUAUACAAAAGGGAUUUUGUUAAAAAUGCUCUAUAUCUAAUGAGAAUACCAAAGAAUUUAUAUUUGUCUUAGUUUUUAGCAAUGGUUGCAAAUUUUAAUUUUCAGAAAUAACUGCAAAUUAGUAAUGAUGAUAGUAAUAACAGAACAGAUCUUGUAUAGGCAUUUUACUUUUUAAAGGUCUCAAUGCAGGUUAGGAAAAUGAAAGAAGAACAGAUAGGGGAAAGCUGCUGGUAAUGCUAUGGUGAUAUUUUCAGUUCAAAAAUAUGUUUUCAGUGCAAACUUGAAUUGCCCAAUUGUAUGAACUUGCAUUAAAUUGUGUGGGAUACUAUUCCAGAGUUCCGGUGCAUAAUCCCCCAUUCACCUUAAAACUUUGCAUUAACAACAGCUACAAGUCUUUAUGAAGAGAUCUUAGAUUUGGAACAGGUUUGUAUUUAUAUGCAUUAUACCUGUGAAUUAUUAUGGUUAUUUUGGACAGGCAUGAAAUCUAAACAUUUGUGCAGAAUGUGUAUUGAAAUUGUUUAUUUUCUAACCUACGCAAAUGUAGUUGUAUAUUUUUAUUCCAUCAAAAUAUCCAAAUAAGGUUUUAUUGUCUCGCCUGUAUAGCAGAGCGAGACUAUAGGCGCCGCUUUUCCAACGGCGACGGCAGCAGCGUCGUCAACGUUGAAAUCUUAACCAAGGUUAAGUUUUUGAAAUGUCAUCAUAACUUAGAAAGUAUUUGGACCUAGUUUAUGAAACUUGGACAUAAGGGUAAUCAAGUAUUACUGAACAUCUUGCCUGAGUUUCAGGUCACAAGACCAAGGUCAAAAGGUCAUUUAGGUCCAAUGAAGUUAGACCAGGUUUGGGGACUCAAUAUCAAAAUCUUAACCAAGGUUAAGUUUUUGAAAUGUCAUAACUUAGAAAGUAUAUGGACCUAGUUCAUAAAAACUUAGACAUAGGGGUAAUAGUGUAUCACUGAAGAUCCUACCUUAGUUUCAGUUCACAUGAUUAAGGUCAAAUGUCAUUUAAAGGUCAAUUAACUUUGGCCAUGUUGGGGUUAUUUGAGGAAUUGUCAUCAUAACUUAAAAAGUUUAUGGAUCUAGGUCAUGAAACUUGGACAUAAGAGUAAUCAAGUAUCAUUGAAUAUCCUGUGUGAAUUUCAAGUCACAUGACCAAGGUCAAAGGUCAAUGAACUGUGGCCGUGUUGGGAAUAUGUGUUGAGUUGGCAUCAUAACUUAGAAAAUUUAUGGAUCUAGCUCAUGAAACAUCGACAUAAGGGUAAUCUAGUAUGAAUGAUUGUUUUGCACAUGUAUUAGGUCACAUGAUCAUGGUCUAAGGUCAUUUUGGGUCAAUGGACAAUAUUUUAUUAUAAUAUUUUCUAUUAUUAACGUAAAAGUUGAUGGACGCUAACCUAAAAUCAUUGAUAAUAAAUGCUACAAAAUAUAUUGUA